AUGGAGAAGUACGACUGCAAGAAGGUCGUGGGCAAGGGGUCCUACGGGAGCGCCAUCGUCGCGAAGCGGAAGAAGGACGGCCUCGUCUGCGUCGUCAAGACCAUCGCCCUCGCGCGGCUGAGCCGCGGCGAGGCGAAGCUCGUGCGCCAGGAGGCGAAGCUGCUCGCGACGCUGCGGCACCCGCACAUCGUGAGCCACCUCGAGUCGUUCCUGCGGCGGAACUCGAGCGGCGGCCGCGAGCUCUGCAUCGUCAUGGAGUACUGCGAGUGCGGCGACCUGGAGAAGUGGGUCGCCGUGCGGCGCCGCGCGAGGCAGCGGCCGUCGGAGUCGUCGGCGCUCCGGGUCUUCGCGCAGCUGUGCAUGGCGCUCGAGCACGUGCACGCGCACCGCGUCGUCCACCGCGACGUGAAGACGUCCAACGCCUUCGUGACGCGCGACGGCGGCGGGCGCGACGUCGUCAAGCUCGGGGACUUUGGCAUCUCGCGGGUCCUCGACGCGACGGGCGACCUCGCGGCGACGGCCGUCGGCACGCCGUGCUACAUGGCGCCGGAGCUCCUCGACGAGAAGCCCUACGACUACAAGGCCGACGUCUGGUCCGUGGGCUGCGUGCUCUUCGAGCUCGUGGCGCUGAAGCGCGCCUUCGAGGCGCGGUCCAUGCCCGCGCUCGUGCGUUUAGUGAUGUACGGCGCGGCGAACAACAGCCCGGCGUACCCGAAGCUCGGCGGGUCCUUCUCCCCGGAGCUGCGGCGCCUGCAGACGGAGCUCCUGGCGAAGCGGCCCCGGGACCGGCCGGACAUCGUCGACGUGCUCGCGCGGCCCGUCGUCGCC